AUGCCUGCAGGGCUCCUCUGGCCCAAGUCCAAGUCCUUUGACUAUCUGUAUGGCGUGGGGGAGAAGCUGCUGGAGAACUUCCCGGUGCAGGCCACCCUCUGCCUCUACGAGGACUCGGGCAGCGAGGAGGAGGACGAAGAGGAG